GGCCGAGGCUGCGGGAAGAUGGCGGCAGCCAUGGCGGCCUCGACCCUGCCGGUCACCUUUGGGCGGCUGGUGUCCGCGUGCAGCCGCAGCAUCCUGAGGCCGUCGGGGCCCGGAGCGGCUUCCCUGUGGUCUGCUUCUCGAAGGUUCAGUUCGCAGAGCACUUCGUUUCCACAAGGAUAUGUCCCUAAAACAUCCCUGAGUUCACCACCUUGGCCAGAAAUCGUUCUGCCAGACCCAGCUGAGGAGACCAGACAUCACGCAGAGGUCGUGGGAAAGGUGAACGAGCUGAUCGCCACCGGCCAGUACGGCAGGCUCUUCGCCGUGGUGCACUUUGCCAGCCACCAGUGGAAGGUGACCUCCGAAGACCUGAUUUUAAUCGAAAAUGAAUUAGACAUUGAAUGUGGAGAGAGGAUUCGGUUGGAGAAGGUCCUGCUGGUUGGGGCUGACAACUUCACGUUACUUGGCAAGCCGCUCCUUGGAAAGGAUCUUGUUCGAGUAGAAGCCACAGUCAUUGAAAAGACAGAAUCAUGGCCAAAAGUCAAUAUGAAAUUUAAGAAAAGGAAAAACUACAGGAAGAAACAUAUUACUGUGAACCCACAGACGGUCCUCCGGAUAAACACCAUUGAGAUUGCUCCAUGUCUGCGCUGACCAUCCAGCUGACAUUUCCAAAAAUGUAAAAAUAAACUCCCUUUUUCCAGGAAGAUCGA